AUGCUUACGUCUUAUAAUAAGAUGGCAUCAUUUGAUUCACAAUCAAAGUUGAUAAUACAUUUAUUCAUCGAGUCCUUACGUGUUAAAACAGUAGUGGUAACUAAAAACUCCUCAAUUAGUGUUCUGGAUAAAGUUUGCAAAAGUGACAAUUUUUUACCAAACUAUAUUCACAAGGGAAUUCUUCUCUCCAAACACCUGCAGUUCAGAACAUUUGAUAUUGAAAGCGAGGCCUGCAUUUAUGUAACAAAUAAUGUCGCAAAGUAUUUCUCCAACAAAAAAGGAUUGGAUGAAUUAAUGAAUCAGAUUAAAUCUGAUACACGCUGCUCUAAUAUACAGAUUAAAGCCUUACGUGCAGCAAACAAUGGCUUUCGCAAUGAAAUGGACCGUCUUAAUGAUCUCUAUAAAGUUCGUAAUGAAACUAUGAUGAUUAGAGCAAUGAAGAGAUCAAUUUUAAAUGAGCAGAAUAUUCCUAUCAAGAAACAAGAUAAUCCUUUUUCAAUUCCAAGUUCAGAGCUAUCCAGAGAAGCACUUCCAAAGUUCUGGUGA